AGUUAAGGGUCUGUUUACAAUCCUUGCGUUGUUUAUGGUGAACUCUUAUGCAUACGGGAUUAAGUACAUACAAAAGAAAUGCAUCUGAUAAAGUGAGCGAUAUUGAUAGCUCGGAGUAAAGUGAAAUAUGUUCGCGUAUGACGUACGGAAAUAUUAAGCACAGUCGUUGGUUUUCGCACUCCGAAUUACUGAUCGCCGUAGCAAAAGCGUCUAAAUAUGUUGUCGCUUCUAUUUGCGUACCUGAUCGUGGCGGACGUCGUCAACGUGAGUCUUGGGCUUCACGCGCGAGACCCCCUUGAACAUCAUGGGCGAUGCGAGCCGAUAACGAUACCGAUGUGCAUGAACAUUCCGUACAACGAAACGAUCAUGCCGAACCUGAUGAGCCACCAGAAGCAGGAAGAAGCGGGUCUCGAGGUACACCAAUUCCUCCCACUGGUCAAGGUAAAGUGCAGCCCAGACUUGCAAUUCUUUCUGUGCUCAAUGUACGUUCCGGUCUGCACGAUAUUGGAGAAGGCAAUACGGCCCUGCCGGUCUCUUUGUGAGAGUGCAAAAGCUGGCUGUGAGUCACUCAUGAAUCGCUUCGGCUUCCUCUGGCCGGACAACUUGGAGUGCUCAAAGUUCCCUGUUUUCGGUCACGACGAAAUCUGUGUUGGUGACAACAAUACUGCAUCCACCGAGCCUUCCAGACCACUCGAACCGCAGUCCCAAGGUCCCAGAGCAGAGUAUCAUCCUGGCUGGAAUAACCGGCCAUCCGAUGGCAGUGACCUCUUCGGCGCUCGAGACUUUGGCUUUGUCUGCUCUAUGCAGUUCCAGGUUCCUCACGACCUUGGCUACAGUCUUAAGGUAGGGGAUGUCACAGAGCCGAACUGUGGCGCACCCUGCGACGACAUGUUCUUUACUCCGAAAGAGCGCCGCUUCUCUAGAAUCUGGGUUGGCACUUGGGCCUCCGUCUGCGCAGCCUCCUGCUUCUUCACCGCUCUGACCUUCCUCAUUGACACGGACCGCUUUCGAUAUCCCGAAAGGCCGAUCAUCUUCCUCUCUGUUUGCUAUCUGAUGGUCGCCCUCGUCUAUGUCGUCGGAUGGGCUGCAGGCAACUCCAUUUCCUGCCGCGAACCCUUUUCUCCGCCUCUGAAUGUCAGGUUCGAGACGAUAUCCACCGUCACGCAGGGGACCAAGCACGAAUUGUGCACCGUGCUUUUCAUGGUCUUGUACUUCUUCAGCAUGGCCUCCAGCAUCUGGUGGGUCAUUCUCACUCUUACUUGGUUCCUUGCUGCUGGACUCAAGUGGGGGCACGAAGCGAUCGAGGCUCAUUCGCAGUACUUUCAUUUGGCUGCUUGGGCUGUUCCUGCCGUCAAAACUAUCACCAUUCUUGCCAUGGGGAAAGUCGAGGGGGAUAUCUUGUCCGGAGUGUGUUACGUGGGGUUGUGGAACGUCAAGGCACUGAGAGGCUUUGUGUUGGCGCCGUUGUGCGUCUAUCUGGUACUGGGAACGGCGUUUCUCCUUGCAGGAUUUGUAUCGCUGUUCCGCAUUCGCACAGUAAUGAAACACGACGGAACUAAGACAGACAAGCUUGAAAAACUAAUGAUUCGCAUUGGUAUAUUUUCUGUGCUUUACACAGUGCCUGCGUUGAUAGUUAUUGCUUGUUUAUUCUACGAGCAAGCCUAUUUCGAUCAUUGGAUGCUCAAUUGGUGGUCGGAAAAAUGCAUCAAGUACUCAAUUCCUUGUCCCGUUGGCGAACGAACACGCGACCUUGGUCGUCGUCCGGAAUUUGAAGUCUUCAUGAUCAAGUAUCUGAUGGCAAUGAUUGUCGGGAUAACCAGUAGCUUUUGGGUCUGGUCAAGCAAGACGCUGACUAGUUGGAGGCAAUUUUUCAACCGCAUUCAGGGACGGCGAACCGAAGCUUAUGUUUGAAGAUUCAUUUCCUUCUAUUAAUGACUCUUGAUAAUAACUUUGCAUCAAAAUCAAACCAGUUUUAUAUUUUCUCAUUUUCAUUUACUUUCAUUUUCACUGUCAUUCAAAGAUUGCUGUUUGAACAAGAUUUUUUUUAUUCAUUCCCAGUGGUUUCUAUGCAACAAUCAUGUCAAUUUUUAUACAUAUAUCGAGGAUUUUUCAUCGCAAUUUUGUUUUUAAUAUCUAUAACAAGCUGGUGAGGUUUACUUCUUUGAUAUAGUGUGUACAACGAUAGUAAGUUGUACGCAUUUCAUGAUAAUGUUCGACAAGACAA